AUGUCUACUACAACGGAAACGGCCCCGGUCCAAGUCGAGGUCCCCAAGCUAUCUAUUGAUGUUGAGUUCACAGGCGGCUUGGAGAUGCUAUUUUCAGAUCAGCGUCGUCAUCCCAUCUCUAUACCAGCUACAAACAAAGAUGACAAACCGGCAACUAUUGCUGAUUUGAUCCAUCAUUUAUGUGAACAUACGAUGAAGGAUGCUCGCAAGGACCUCUUCGUUCUCCAAGAUCACCUCCGGCCUGGUAUCCUCGUCCUGAUCAACGACGCAGACUGGGAACUGGAAGGCGAAGAGGCUUAUGAGAUACAAACAGGGGAUAAUAUCCUAUUUGUCUCUACGCUGCAUGGCGGGUAA